AUGGCAAGAGCUUUUUCUAGGAUUUUGAGACGCCAAGGAUCAUUACAAAAUCCAUUCCAAGUUUCAGUUCGAAAUUGCCACAGGGAACCGAUUCAAGUGGCAUGGAAAAAACCCGAAAUUGGGUGGACAAAAUUGAACUUUGAUGCAUCAUGCAAACCGGGAGGAGGAGCAAGCAUUGGAGGGGUGUUUAGCAAUCACAAUGCAAAGUUUUUACUUGGUUAUGCUGAAUCCAUAGGAAGCAGCACCACCAACACUGCCAUUGCUGAAUUGGCAGCGCUUCGAAGAGGGCUUGAAUUGGUUGUGGAGAAUGGUUGGCCUAAUGUUUGGCUUGAAGGAGAUUACAAGAUACUGGUUGAAAUUAUUGGACAAAGGAGAAAAUUUAGCAGUCCAGAAGCACAAAGUCAUGUUAGUAGUAUAAAUUUAAUAAUAGGAGUGCUUAAGAAGGCAACAGGGCUGCUCAUAAAUUUGCACAGAUGGAGCAUCAUUUGA